UGGAACAAUCCUCUGUAUAAAAAAGGCGCGCGAGCGUUAAAGUUUCUGGACGCCAGCUAGAAAUUUCUAUUCGUUUAGCAGAUUUCUUCUUAACUUUCGACCGAAAAUGCGUGAGUGCAUCUCUGUUCAUGUUGGUCAGGCAGGGGUUCAAAUCGGUAAUGCUUGCUGGGAGCUUUACUGCUUGGAACAUGGGAUCCAGCCAGAUGGGCAGAUGCCUUCUGACAAACUCAUUGGAGGUGGAGGCGACUCUUUUAACACUUUUUUUAGCGAGACUGGGUCUGGAAAACACAUCCCUAGAGCGGUUUAUGUGGACCUUGAGCCCACCGUUAUUGAUGAGGUGCGCACUGGAACAUACCGCCAACUGUUCCACCCUGAACAGCUGAUCACCGGGAAGGAGGAUGCUGCUAACAACUAUGCUCGUGGGCAUUACACCAUCGGGAAGGAGAUGGUCGACCUGGUUUUAGACCGGAUUCGCAAAUUGGCUGACCAAUGCACAGCGCUUCAGGGUUUCUUGAUUUUCCACAGUUUCGGAGGAGGCACUGGUUCAGGUUUCACCUCCCUGCUGAUGGAGCGCUUGUCCGUUGACUAUGGCAAAAAGUCAAAGUUGGAGUUCUCAAUCUACCCAGCUCCUCAAGUGUCCACAGCUGUGGUGGAGCCCUACAAUGCCAUUUUGACCACUCACACCACCUUGGAGCAUUCCGACUGCGCCUUCAUGGUAGACAAUGAAGCUAUCUAUGACAUCUGCCGCCGUAACCUUGAUAUUGAGCGCCCAACCUACACCAACCUCAACAGGCUCAUAAGCCAGAUUGUGUCCUCUGUUACUGCCUCUCUUCGGUUUGACGGAGCCCUUAAUGUUGAUCUGACAGAGUUCCAAACUAACUUGGUGCCGUAUCCACGUAUCCACUUCCCCCUGGCCACCUAUGCCCCGGUCAUCUCUGCUGAGAAGGCUUACCACGAGCAGCUCACAGUGGCUGAGAUCACAACUGCCUGUUUUGAGCCAGCCAAUCAGAUGGUGAAAUGCGACCCUCGGCAUGGUAAGUACAUGGCCUGCUGCCUGCUGUAUCGUGGAGACGUAGUUCCCAAAGAUGUCAAUGCUGCCAUUGCCACCAUCAAGACCAAGCGCACUAUCCACUUUGUGGACUGGUGUCCCACUGGUUUCAAGGUUGGCAUCAACUACCAGCCCCCCACUGUGGUCCCUGGAGGAGACCUGGCCAAGGUGCAAAGGGCAGUGUGCAUGCUGAGCAACACCACCGCCAUUGCUGAGGCCUGGGCUCGACUUGACCACAAGUUCGACCUUAUGUAUGCGAAACGCGCAUUCGUACACUGGUAUGUGGGUGAAGGCAUGGAGGAAGGGGAAUUUUCUGAGGCCCGAGAGGACAUGGCUGCACUGGAAAAAGAUUAUGAGGAGGUGGGAGUUGACUCCCUUGAUGUGUACGGUGAGGAAGAGGAGGAAGAGUAUUAGAUUUACCUGUUUUCCUUCGUUAAUGGCCAGGACCUCCCUAGCCUGUAAGUGCUAUUAGACUUACCUGUUUAAGUGCUCCUUAGUGCUAUUAGACUUACCUGUUUAGACUUACCUGUUUAAGUGCUAUUAGACUUGCCUGUUUAAGUGCUCCUUAGUGCUAUUAGACUUACCUGUUUAGACCUACCUGUUUAAGUGCUAUUAGACUUACCUGUUUAAGUGCUAUUAGACUUACCUGUUUAAGUGCUCCUUAGUACUAUUAGACUUACCUGUUUAGACUUACCUGUUUAAGUGCUCCUUAGUACUAUUAGACUUACCUGUUUAGACUUACCUGUUUAAGUGCUAUUAGACUUACCUGUUUAAGUGCUCCUUAGUGCUAUUAGACUUACCUGUUUAGACUUACCUGUUUAAGUGUUCCUUAAAGUAUUUGGUUCCUAGUAAAAUAAAGUCCCAACUCUUA